UUUUCCUGCAUCUCUAUAUUAUCCAAAUCUAGACCACUUACAUGAAAUCUCACUUUUGCAAUUCAUUCCUUGUUGCAAGGCUGGAAGUGUCACUGCUCGGCUGCUGCUUCUUUGCAGGGGAAUGCUGUUUAUGUGGAAAAGUGUUGCUUGCACCGUUGAGUUACCAUGCUGCAAAAACAGUGUGGGGCUCUCUUAAGCAGAGCUGUGAGUCAUGCCUUCAUUUGCUGAGCAUCCAUGCCCUGGCCUUCCUACCUUCACCUCCCUGAAUGUCUUAGAACCCAUACCCCGAGGAGACAUUAUUCUCCAGCAAUUUAGAGAAUACGUAGGCAUGCAGUGAGCACAUGAGUAUGACAGGUGCGCUGUGUGGUCACAGGGCUCCUUUUGCAGCAUUUUUGGCCAUGUGUUGGUAACUCAGGUAGCUCAGACUCUUCAGGAAAUUCCAUAUUCAUGCUGAUUUCUAUUUCUAGUCUAUUUUAUAGGGCUUCUCCAUUAUUAAUCUUUUCAUCUUGCCACCUUCUAUGACCAAAUUUCUGUAAUAGCUUUUCUGGAGUACAGUUUUGUUUCCCUGAACAGAGAGUUAAGAGCAAAUGAGGUGCUUCCAAACCUCCCAGAGAAUGCCUGUUUAUAUGUCCCUUUCCAAGUUUGGUUUGCUCAAGCACAAGCUCAGGACUGAAGCUAUUCAAAGUACUUUCAGAAUGACCACAUCCAUAAACCAGCAGCUGAGCUGUAGACAUCCAAGAAGAGAACAGAUGGCCACUGAUGUGGUCAAUUUUGCUACAAACUGUCAUGUAGGAAGUGAGUUUUUAGGCACCUGAGGCUUAGUCCUGCCAAGAGGGUGAAUGCUCCCAGUUUGAGAUCGUGUAAGGAUACAAAUUUCCUGAGUACUGAGCCAUUUGAAAAAAAUCCUGUAGGGGGUUCUGUGAGAGAAAGACUGAAAGCCAGAACACCAGGAAGAUCAUCCUGGUUACUUUCUUAAUUUUCUUAAGUCUCUCUGUAAACCUGAGAGUAAAGGCUAAGUCUGAAAAAAAUGACACCCUGUCACCCAAAACCACCAAAUAGCUGGGGCUGGAAUCUUCAAUCCACACCAAAUACUGGCAGAUUUGGGUUGGUGAUUCUGCUAAAACAACAAUAUCAACAUCUCCCUUCCAGCUCCUCACAAUACCUAGUCCCUGUGGUGUUUCCCUUCAUGCCCCCAUAGGUGCAGCCAGCACCUCCAGCUCAUACCUCUGUUUUUCUUAGCUCAGUAUUAAGCUGUUUUCCUCAUUCAUAUUUUCUUUAGGACUCUGAUUGUUUCUUCUAGCCUCAGAAGGAUUUCCAGUGGCCUUUUAUUUCACAGCAGGAUGCUAAGGAGCCUUAGUUUUUGCCAGUGUUUAUAUGGGUAACGAAUCAAAGGAGUAGAAGAACACUGACCUGUAAAAAAAAGAUCAAGUUUUGUCUGGGGCCAGCCUCCACAAAAUGGUUCUGCAGAUUAUAAAUGAUACAAUGCCUGUCUCCAUGAUGCUGUCCUAAAGGCUGUCUUUGAGGAUUUUGGGAUCCAGGCCAGGUUAGUUAGCAUUCCCAGUCUUCUGACUCAGGACUUUGACAGAUACACUGCAGCAAAUGAAUCUUGACUAACUGGGAUAGGACAUCUAAGCUGUGUGUAGCACUAAAAUGUGAAAGCAAUAAAAGGUACUCAAGAUACCAUGGGUUUGGGGAUACAUAAUUAGAACAAAAUUUCCUGUGAACUCUAAGGCUUCAAUUACAAUUUCUGAAAUUCAGGACAAGGAACAGAAGAACACAAAGCUGCACAUUAGGGUUUCCCAGAAACAAUCCUCACCAGGCAAAAUACACAGUUUUUUCAUGCAGCUUUUUCAUGCAAACUUUUGUUAAAAAAGAGUAAGAUAGCAAUUUCUCCAUGUUUCAGCAUCAAUCAGGCUUUGCACAGAGAUUUGCCCUGUAAUGUCUCCUGACAAGCACAUAAUGUACAAACAAAUCCCAUCUAAUUCCAGUGUAUAAGCUGCAAAAUUAGUAAGACUGGAAGUCAUAUUCUUGGAAAAUUACUCUCUGUGGUAAAGAAAGUUAUGUCAAACUCAAACAUAUGUCUGGACUCAGCUCAAGUUCAGGGUUCUCCAUGGCCAGCCUACCCCUAACAUUCUUCUCAAUGUCUUUCAAGAGAGCAACUUUUUCUUGAAAGGUUUUUUGGAUCUAGCUUUUCCAGGUAGUGACUAUGUAUAGUUUUCCAAUAUAAGUCUUGUUUUUCAUUUUUAUAACCCAGUACCCUAUGACUUUUGGAAAGUAUUUUUCUUUCCUUGACUGGUUUUUGCUCAAAUCAACUGACUUCUAACAUGAAUUUGUGAUAUUGAACUUUGUGUAAUUUUUUUUCCUGCAGAAGGUCAAACUUAAUAGAAAAAUUGGAAGUAUGCCCAGUGAAAAUCCAUAUCACAGGUGGGCUUUACCUAUGAUGUAUUUUCAGAAAAUAAAUAUUGCUUGUUGUUGACAUUAUUUCUAAUUCCUAUAGGCUGUAUCUGGAUCUUUCUUUCAGCUUAACAGGAAUUAAAACAGCAUGAGCCAAAGAGCAGAAUAUAAUUCAAAACAAGGAAGGAUCUCAUACACAGGUCUAUAGAAUAAACAGAACAUUGGUUGUUAUGCUCUGGCAAAUGUGUAAAGACUAAUGGGAAACAUUAUGUAUUAUCUACUAUAUCGAGGUUUAUUGCCAAAAAAAAAUGAAACUACUUAUGUUUUCCUCUUUUGAUCUUUGUUCUAAAAAUUUUGUUCUUUAGGAUAAUAGUCAAAACCCACAAAUUUUGAAGUGAGAAAGGAGACAUCAAAGAAGAUAAAAGUUCUGUCCAUUUCUGUCUGCUUGGGAAUACCAAAGUUAUUUUUACUUUUUAUGUUGUUUUUACUUGUAGGCUGACUCAGAGAAUGGCUCCUCUCAGCCAUGACUACAGUACAGAGUAGAGAUUCUGGAACUCCUUUUAACCUGGCUUGGCAGUGCAGGUACCUGAAGCAGUGUAGCCAUGGCAGCACAGGGCUCUGAGUGGCCUAAUUAGUCUGCCAAGAAAUAAAUGGAUGCUGGCAAUUCCCUGGGGAAAAAGAGGUUGAAUUGUUAACAAAAAGGGUUUCCUCUGAGGCACGUUCAUUAAAUAGGUGUUAGCAAGAGCCAAAAAACCUCAAGUUCCAACCUUAGAAUAAAAAUGUCUUUUGUCCUUUGGCACUUGUGAUGUCCCAGCCUUCCAAUUCUCCCACUGUCUAUAGAUACAAAAGAAAGAUGUGAUUCCAAUAUCUGGUGGAAAACCUAAAAUAAAGCAAAUGAUCCCUGCCCCAACACCAAAUCAAUAGGUAAGAUUUCCUUAAAAAGACAAAUAUAAGAAAUUUUUCCUUUCUGGAAACAUGCAGAGCUCUCCUGGUGGCAGCAGCGGGGUGGAGUUGCUUGAGCAUCCUGCUUCCCUAGGACACACAUCAGGGUCAGUCCCCUGAGCAACGCCAGGAGCACGGGCAGAUCUCCUUUACUGUGCCUCUGAAAAUGGCAGGGCAAAGAAGCAACAGAGGUGAAAAUCCCACAGAGCCACCAGGAUGUGAUGCCCAAUGAUGAGCAGUAAUUACUGCAGCAACACUUCAGCCAGCAUGAGCGUCAACGAAAUGUCUGCCUUCCCUCUGACUUUAGAACAAAAAACUGGCUUUGCCUUUGUGGGGAUUUUGUGUGUUUUCUUGGGACUUCUAAUUAUCAGAUGCUUCAAAAUCUUGCUAGACCCCUACAGCAGUAUGCCUUCUUCCACGUGGGAAGAUGAAGUUGAGGGGUUGGAUAAAGGGACAUUUGAAUAUGCUCUUGCAUGAAAACUCACAGAAUAUCCUGCCUUAAAUUUGAUGUUGAUUUCAUUCUGGAAACCAACUGUUGUUACAUUUGUUAUACAUGCCUGCAUUUUGGAGAUAUGUUGGUGGCAUCCAUUUUGUUAAAUAAAUAUUUGUUGCAAAUUCAAAA